CAGAGAAGGCUUCCACAGUUGAAGGAAAAGAGCAGAAUCUCCUCCAUGGCUACAGCUCCUCUUCUUCGUCUUGUGCUAGUUGUGUCUUGUAUAGGGUCUUCCAUGGCUGUGCUCUUCUCCAGCCUUCCAAAUACGCUCACAGUCACUGCAUCUCCUGCUGCAGGCCAAGUGCUGCACGCCGGCGUCGACCAGAUCAAGGUGAGCUGGAAGCUGAACCAGAGCACGCCGGCGAGCGCUGACUCGGACUACAAGAAGGUCAAAGUGCUGCUGUGCUACGAUCCGGUGAGCCAGGCCGACCGCGGGUGGCGCAAGACCGACGACCACCUGAAGAAGGACAAGACGUGCCAGUUCAAGGUCACCACGCAGCCCUACAGCAGCGGCGGCGGCUCCUUCGUGUACACCGUGGAGCGCAGCAUCCCCACCGGGACCUACUUCGUGAGGGCGUACGCGCUCGACUCCGGCGACACCGAGGUCGCUUACGGGCAGACGACCAACGCCGCGAAGACCACCAACCUGUUCGACGUGGUGGGGAUCACCGGCCGCCACGCGUCGCUCGACAUUGCGGCGGGCUGUUUCUCCGCCUUUUCCAUUCUUGCGCUCGUCUUCUUCUUCGUGGUGGAGAAGAGGAAGGCAAAGAAGUAAUAGGAAGCCGGCGUUCCAAGGAUGGAAUUACACGGUGAUUUCUCCUCUUCCCUUCCCUCGAACGCUUUGUGGAGCUAAAGAGCAUGUCUUGUACUACUUAAGACUUGUGAUAGAUUCACCCCCAAAUGCUUUCACGGUGUUUGUUU